GCUCAGUCGGAGGCCGUCGGUCUGCCCCUGACCGCCGGACGUGCCGCCGACACAGGUGCGUUGGUAUAACACAGACGGCAGACGGCGGCUCAGAGGACGCGACUGGUGUGUUCCGGCCAACCCACGUCAGCCGCCGGCACCGUGUUUCCCCAUCCAUCGAUGACACAUCGCCAGAGGAGCGUUACGUCACCAUCCUGCGACCCUGGCGCUGUGGCGGCAUCAUCGUACUGCGCGGCGGACGGAGGGUGGUAUAAGUCAUUGAUAGGGAGCAGCAAUGGAAAAAUGGAAACAGCGUCUCCAGUUACCUAGGAGGGUUACGAAGGCUGUUGAAGUUGACGGACCGGCAGCAGCUGACACUCUGGAGGUCAGGGGCCAGGAGCAGGAGGUCGGGAGGCAGGGGCAGGAGGUCAGCGACCGACUGGCAGCCCUGUCGCUGUCGGUGGACCAAUCAAGGCUUCAUGAGCAGAGGCUGGGGGCCGUCCUGCGCGGCCACUUUCGGCUCGAGCCGAGCAGCCUGCCGAUACACCUGAAGUACAUUAGACAAGUUCUCGCUCCAAAACUGCAGCGCGACCUGAACGCGCAGCUGAGCGCGCUGGGUCGAGACGCGACCCUGCCGACGGACGAGUGUGGACGCUGCGGCGGCCUGCCCGCCGACGGCCUGCGCGUCGAGCGGACGACCAUUUCGGGGAGCGUGGCGGACAGAGUCGGCUGGAUAACCAUCAACAGACUGAAGCUGGUGCUGCACUCGGAUCACGACUUCAUGCUGGAGCUGAACGUGUCGGCGGCGCCGCUGGCGGCGGAGGCGGCGAGCGGCGCGUCGGAGCCGUGUCUGGCGCCGUCCGACACCCCCGGCUUCUACCGGCUGCUGCUGGGGCGGUCGGCCGAGUGCCGCCACCCGCGGCGGCGCGAGCUGCCGGCCGCGGCCGUGCGCGCCGCCUUGACCGCGGCCGUGCGUGGCCACUGUGCGGGCGCCGAGCCGCGCGUCAGCGGCCCGGCCGUCACCUUCGACGACGGCCAGGGGGACGUCGACUGCGUGUCCUGCGUGCCGGUGCGCUGUGAGGCUGCCGUGCCGUGGCUGGCGGAGCUGCGCGCGCGGCCGCGGCCGGCCGGCUGGCCCGGGGAGCGACUGCUGGCGCGGCUGGCCGGGCCGCUGCACCUGGUGCCGGUCGGUCCGGGCGCAGCCGACCGGCGGCUCUGGCGUCUGUCGUUCUCCGGACCAGAGUCGCUGCUGGUGCGCGCGCUGCCGGCGCGGGCACGCUACUGCCUGUUGCUGCUGCGGCUGGUGCGUGCCCACCGGCGCCAGCAACUGGCCACCGUCUCCUCUUACUACCUGAAGACGUGCGUGUUCUGGCUGUGUCAGCGGCGACCCGAAGCCGACUGGCAGGAGCCGCUGGCGGCCAUCCGCGCCGUCCUGGCCAUGCUGGAGGAGGCCAUCGACCAGGGCUUCCUGCCCUGUUUCUUCUGGAGCGAGAUGAACGUGUUUCGCGAGCCGACGCCGGAACGGCUGGCGGCGCUGCGCUUCACGGUGCGUCGCUUCCAGGAGGACCUCGUGCACAUUCUGUACACUCUCCUCAACAGGACCAAGAAAGUCUGGGGCCUUCGGAUGAUUGCCGAUCAGGAUUAAGAACAGAUCAUAAACGUUCCCGGGAUCGAUCUCGCAAGCCGAAAGACUUGACAGCCUGGUUUGCUGUGGACUGUGAGAUGUCCUUGACAUCGUUGCAUAAUAAAAUACUAUCUCCAAAUGAUGAAGUUUCCAUCUAAUAUUACAGAGUGCGCAAAAAGUUCUGGUCCAUUUCUGUACUUCGAUAAACGAAUGCAAUCGGAGUGAAUAUUAUCAACACUAACAUCAAAUACUGGUUUGCAUUAUCAAACCAGAUACUUUUACUCGCCUCAUGCGCGAUAUAACCCCCUUCUCGGCAAUGACCUUCUCCACACGGAGGCGGAAAGACUUGCAUAUCUUGAUGAUGUAGGAGGGUCCUUCGUCUCCCACAUCUUCACGAUGUGUACCUUCAGGGCCUCCAAAUUAAGAUGGGACACUCCCUGGACUUCAUCCUGCAAAACGCUUUAAAUGCUUUAGUCAAGGGGCUCAGGUCGGGUGACUGAGGGGGCAAUAUCUCAGCAAUGGGCUUCUCCCCCGAGCUCCUCCAUUUGCUUGUGCUGGAUGGAACUUCGUUGUUUGCGGGUGUUCUGUGCUGUUGGAAAACGAAAUCGACUUUCGGAUACGUCUUCAGGAUCCAUGGGAUGACUCUGUCACUGUCAACUGUCAAGCAGACGCUCAUACACCGUCCUGUUCAUCUUCUAAUGGGCGUUAAUGAUGACGAUUGGACACUUUGCCGCCCGAGCCGUGGGCUGUCCUGGAUGGCCUAAGACACGGCAGUCACAUUCUCAGAGUUCUGGCUGGACGUGACCGGCCUGACCUGGGGGUAUCCUCCAGGACCUCCCCUAUUCGUAUUUGGCUUUGAUACGCGUAAUUGUUUGCAGGGGGCUCCAAAUUUCAUCGCAACCUGCUCAACAGUCAUGCCCGAUUCGGCCGCCGCGCGCGGGCAUUGGCUUUCCGAAAAGCAGCCGCAGCACGCAUAGGAGUGCUUACUGUAUUAAGAGGGCCAGAACUUUUUGCGCACCCUGUAGGUACAACGAUCGAACGAUUAAGUACCUACCUUGUCUGCUUUGGGUCGAUUCCUGUUAGUGUUGUUUCUAAUUAGUGAUGUCAAUUACAGAAAAUCGGAAUGUCACUGCCCCGGGCCGACGGCCGCGUCCAAACCGGAUCACUUGUUUCACGAGUGUCGCCAGGGAGAGGACCCGACAAUCCUCUUCCUGGCACGACCGAAUAUUAUUUACUUCAGCCGACA